AUGGCUGAUGGAAAUAUAACACCUGACGUUCUAGAACAUUUAUCUCAAAGAACUACACAGAACCAUAGAGAUGGUAUAUUUGGUGAAGAGUUUAGAAAGAAAGUUAGGGAGAGAGAAGGAAGAGAACCUAUUGUACAUGACCUUGCAAACGAAAGUUUACAAAAUGUCAUAAAAACUUACUUUGCAGACAAUGAACUGAGAAGGGAUGAAUAUUUAAGAAAACUCAAAUGGACAGUACCAAAUGAAAUGUUAGUAUUGAAAAACAUGUUCCUUGACAAAAUAAAACCAACUACAGAAAUAAAUGACGCAAGACUGAAACGUUGGGUAAAAGCUUUCCCAUUCACAAAAGAUAUUGUUGGUAACAUGGAAAGAAAACCAGAAUGGCUACAAAAACAUAUAUUUGGAAACAAGCUUAUUCCAUAUGGACAAGCUAUAUUUGAAGAGCUUGAACCGGAAACUCAGGAAAGAGUCAUGCAAACAAUAAGCGAAGACUCAAAUACAAACUAUGACGAAAUCUUUCUAGGAUAUAGGAUACCUGAGAUGGGCGACCAGAGCCUAAAGGCAAAAAGGACAUGGGAAAUUUACAACAUACUAGGUGAACAUGAUGCAAAGAUGCAACAACUUGAAGCAGAGGGCAUGUUACCAAAGAAGAAGAGAAGAGUAGAACAAAGUGAAAGUAGUGAAGAACAAAGUGAAAGUAGUGGCAAUGAAGGAAAAAGAAGAGUUAAAAACUCAGUCAGGAAGAAAGUAAAGCUUGGUACGAGUGGGUUCUAUUAUGAUAUAUAA